CUCAACGACCUGCUCUUCCACCUGCUCUUCCCCGGGGUGGCUUCGUGAAGCCGGCGGUGCGUAAUUGCGGCCGAGGAGGAUCCGUCCGUCCGUCCGCCAUCGGUGCAGCCCGGGAUGCGCUUCGUGCGCGGCGUGUCUCCUGCUGAGCCGAUGCCUUAUUCGGAAAUGCUGCUGAUUUCUGCAGCGGAUGGCGUUUUUUCACACCGGACACUUGUGAGAGAAUGAGGGACAAAAAGAAGAAAAAAACAGGGUUUCUGCUCGGCGUCGGCGGGGACUACUGCAGCCCAUCGAGGAGGGAUGUAUUCAUGAGACUGUGUUUUUAUUUCUGUCACUGCUGGAAAAAGGGGGGAGUCGUGCUGUUUUUGCCUCUCGCACCCACAGAUCUGCCGGUGUUCUGCCGAUUUCUGCUGCUUUGCCGAAAAAUGCUACCUAAUGGUUUUCUACCUUUGUAGAGCUACAAUUUUACUGUGUUUUACUCCCUAACCCACUUCCUUUCCCCCCAAGUGGUCCUUGUCUCUUGCCAGGCCGUCAUUGUAAAUAAGAAUGUUCUUAAUGACCUGCCUGUUUAAAUAAAGGUGAAUGACUGAAUGAAUAUCAAAUAUAGCGAUAGAAUUAAAAAAAAUUUUUUCUCUUUAUCGUAUAAUGUUCACAAAGUGUAAUGCAAUUCAUGUCAUGGGUAGUUUAUUUUGAAGGAUCAAAUACUCGACAUCCCAUAUUAUCAAUUUUACAUCGUGCAAGAAAUGAUGGGCGUGGCAAUCAAACUUUGAAAAUCGACUGUGCGCAUGCGCAGAACCACAAAGUAGUAUUUCUCGGCAGGAAGCGAGGAUCGGCAGAACACCGGGAUCCCUCCGCCGUCUGAUGGUUUGAUGUGGGGGCGCACGCCGCCUCGCCCGCACCCAUGGCCAACAGCAGCGCGCCCGCGGAGAGCAGCGCUGCGUCCCUGCAGGGCUCCGCGUCCGCGGCCUCCGCGGCCAAGCUGGCCUCCCUGGGGCUCAUCAUGGGCACCAGCCUGCUGGGCAACGCGGCGCUGUCGGCGCUGCUGCUGAGGGACAGCUCGCUGCGCAGGGCGCCCUACUACUUCCUCCUGGACCUGUGCCUGGCGGACGCGCUGCGCGCCGCCGUCUGCUUCCCCUUCGUGAUGGCGUCCGUCGGCGGCGGCGCCUGGCCGCACGGCGCGCUCGGCUGCAAGCUCGUCGCCUUCAUGUCGGUGCUCUUCUGCUUCCACGUCGCCUUCCUGCUGCUGUGCGUCAGCGUCAUCCGCUACAUGGCCAUCGCGCACCACCGCUUCUACUCCAAGAGGAUGAACCUGUGCACGUGCGUGGCCGUCAUCUGCAUGGUGUGGACUCUGUCCGUGGCCAUGGCGUUCCCGCCGGUGUUCGACGUGGGCACCUACCGGUUCAUCCGCGAGGAGGAGCAGUGCACCUUCGAGCACCGCUACGUGAAGACCAACGACACGCUGGGCUUCAUGCUGAUGCUGCUGGUCAUCGUGGGCACCACCCACGUGGUCUACGUCAAGAUGCUCUGCUUCGUGUACGACCACCGCAAGAUGAAGCCGGCCCAGCUGGUGCCGGCCAUCAGCCAGAACUGGACCUUCCACGGGCCCGGGGCCACCGGCCAGGCCGCCGCCAACUGGAUCGCCGGGUUUGGGCGCGGGCCGACCCCCCCGACCCUGGUGGGCAUCCGGCAGGCGUCUCACCCGGGCAACAGGAGGCUGCUGGUGCUGGACGAGUUCAAGACGGAGAAGCGCAUCGGGAAGAUGUACUACAUGAUCACGCUGGCCUUCCUGGUCCUGUGGGCUCCGUACAUAAGCGCGUGCUACGUGAGGAUAUUCGUGCGUGGGGCCCCCGUCCCGCAGCUCUACUUGACCGCCGCCGUGUGGAUGAGCUUCGCCCAGGCGGCGGCCAACCCCAUCAUCAGCUUUCUGUUCAACAAGGAGCUCCGGGUGAGACUCAGGGCCUGCCUGCCCUGCUGCCUGGCCACGCAGACCCCCAUGGAGCCCUACUGUGUCAUAUGAGCCCUCCCCACCCACAAAUACUGCCAAAGACAUAUUGAUAUGCUGUUUCAGAAUGUACCCGAAUGCUCCCCAGAAUGUGUUUGUGUGGCUACUUGCUUACAAAGAUGACGAAGGGGCGGAAAUCUGUUUAGUUUAGCACAUUAUCGUUUGUUUUUAUGACAUUAAUCCAACAGGACUUAAAGCCCACUCGUGCUGCACUGUGGUUUCCUGUCAGACUGAUUCCAGCAGGAGUUUACUGCACAGCAACAUCACCAGUGUGAGAUUAACUAUGGUGUCUACGUGUGACCCCUCUUUACUGUUAUUUAACACCGUUCACCGGGGUCAAUUUAACACUGCAGGUGUUGGGAAGCAUGUCAUGCUCAAAAUAUAAACUCAAACCUAAUGAAUUCUACUCUGAAAGUUUUACUUUUACACUAAACUGUGGUAAAACAACACUAAAGGAGUGGGCACACAUGCUGAUGUUACUGUGUGCCUGGCCCAGAAAUCCCCCCGUGAAAUAACCAGAGCCUGAAUCAGAGCUCAGCAGAAAAGAAGAAAAGGAAAUACAGCAAUGAUUCAUAAUUUCCAGCUGCCAACAAGUUAUUUAAACCAAACUGAUGCAUGCUGGGAAGAUUUUCUCAUUCCUCAAACAGCUUUAAUGGAAGACAGAAAAGAUGUGGUUUAUCAGUGACAAAUGGCCUAACGGAGAGGUUUCAGGUUGAGAACUGCCCACCGCACAAUGGUCAGGAAAAAAACACCAAA